AUGAAAGAUCAAAAGGAUAGUAAUAAUGAACCUUCUCAACCUUCACCACCACCACCCGAUUAUGACGAGGCUACAGAGGAGCACGAACAAAGGCACACAACUUUAAUUCAGCAUCAUGAUCGUUCAACAAAGGAACACGACACAGCCUUACGACGAGAACUCGCCAAUAUUGCAUUGAUCCCUGCUUUGAACGCUGCCAUCACCGUUACGUUGGUGGGCGUCCUCAUUUAUGUGUAUCAGAGCGCUGAUGGUCAACCUGUUGCAUAUACGCUUGCUGGGAUGCAAAUUCAAUCACUCAUAUCUAUCAUCAUGACCUUGGUCAAAAUGUGCCUUGCUGGUGGUAUAGGAUAUGCUGUGUCAGAAUACAAAUGGGUGCGCAUGCAGCAUGGAGGACAAUUAAGUUUGAUGGAUGUGUACGAUGCUUGCACACGUGGCGUAGGAGGCAUGAUUCGAGUUAUCACUGGUAUCAGCUUUGAUCGUGUAUUGCUACCAACAAUCCUUUUGCAACUUGGUCUAAUUGCCAUGGGACCCGCAUCACAGCAAAUCUUGACAGCAUACAAUACUACCAUUUGCCUCACCGAGCAUUCGGAUACCUGGUUACGGCAUACCAACUAUCGCACCGAGGACAUCGCCAAUUGGAAUGCAGAGCCCUAUGACAUGCGUGGAUUGCUUGGUACGGAUGCUGAUUACUUGUUCAAAUAUCAAUUUGAUGCUGGAGCCUAUGGUUGGGGAACUUUACAAGAUCUUGGUUGCCCUUAUGCAGCAACGAAUUGCACCUACAACGAUAUCGAAGUGCCUUAUCUGCAGAUUUCUUGCGUACCUGGCAACUUUAAUACCACCACCAUCAUCAGCGACCAAGACUUGUCGAUCCAAACGCUUUGGAACUACUACAACCAAACACAAGGCUAUGGAGGAGGGUACAUUUAUAUUGAUCGUUUGCCCAGUUUCUUCUACGCAUCAUCAAUGCAGAAUCGUACGCGAUAUCAUGCUUACAACUAUACAGCCUCUGAGCCGCUUGCAGCUUCCACCGAUCAAUCACCCUACGUUGGUAAACCUUCAUUUGUUGCCAUGAUGCAUCAUCCUGGUAUCAUGUAUAAUGGAGGUUCAGAUCCUUCAAGAGUCAUCGUGCAAGAAUGCUCUUUUGAUACUUACAUGAACAGAAGUGACUACCAUAUUAUGGCCCGUGCUUCAGCGGUCGAUCGUUUGGAGCAUGAGAUCUUUGAAAUCGAUUACAGCAAGUUUGGGAAUACGUCUCUUUGGAUCAACGGCGAUUACGGCGAAGAAGAUCGGCUUGCACUGAAUAUGUAUGCUAUGCAGCUUGGUGUAUUGGAUAUGCUUACUACAUCCAAAGUGGACUAUCUAACUUUGCCAUUUGCGGGCUUCUCUGAGUAUAUGAAUACGUUCUUAUCCGAUGCAGCAAUGACAUUAUCAUUUGCACGACCUGCAUCACAAUCCAUACGUCAAGGUGAUGUAUGCAUGGAUUACGACCGCUCCUAUCAUCUCAAUCCCGCUGCCUAUUACACCGUGUCAUUGAUGCUAUUAGUGCCACUCUUUUGGUGGAUUGCCACAUUGGUGAUUAGUUUACGCUUGAGUGGUGUUGCACGUGGCAAUUCCCAAAUGGCACUUUUGGUCACUGGGUUGACUGCAGCCGUCCGAGACCAAUUCAAAGGAUUCUCACAUACGGAUCAAAAUGUCUUGUUUUCUCGAUCAAGGCAAGUCCAUGUCGUUUUCGGCGAGAUACCUAGCCAAGAUGGACGCAGAGGCCAUGCUGCUUUUGGUCUACAGGAUCAAGUCAUUGCACCUAUCAAGAGAAGGAAACCAGCCUCUGAUAGCUAA